AAUUUGUGAACUUGUUUGUAAUUUGUAUCUAUUUGUAUCUAUUUGUGAGCUUGUUUAAAACAUUAUAAUAUUAUAGUAAAUUUUGAUAAAAACAUGAAUAUGGUUGGACCGUUAGAAAGUGACAGUUUCGUAUCUAAUGAAAAAGAACAUAUAAAGACAGUAACUACAGUUAUAGCUGUUUCGAUAGCAUCAUUAUUAUCCGUCUCAUUUGGUAGCAUCAUUAUUAUUCGUUUUUGAUAGCAUCAUUAUUAUCCGUCUCAUUUGGUUUUCUUUUACAUUUUCCCAAUCCGUUAAAGUUUGUUAACAAACAAUGGUAUACCGCAGGGCAUAUUUCAUUUGGUAUUGGCGCAUCAAUUGGAAGCAUUCUUGCUGGGAUUUUUAUUGACAAAUUAGGUAGAAAAUCAACAUGUCUUACAACCUCUGUAAUCUACCUUUUUGGUUAUUUGCUUUUAGUAAUUGGUUGCACCGAAAUACAAAACAACGCAGGCUUUGCAAAAUUUUUGUCUGCGUUUGGUUUUAUCUACAGUGGUAUUGGAGUUGGUAUGACCUCACUUGUAAUACCUGUUUAUGUUGCUGAAGUAUCAUCACCGCGUUUACGUGGAAUAAUGGGCGCAAUAACUAAUCAUGCAAUAGUUUUUGGAAUAUUUUUAUAUUCCUUAACUGCAGAAUUACCUAAUUGGAAAGUAAAAUACUACUAUUCUGCUUUAGUUGGAUUAGUUGUGGUUUUCCUCAGCUUUUUAAUGGCUUUUAUGCCAGAAACUCCGAGGUGGCUUUUGGCUCAUGAGCAACGAAAAAAAGCUUUUAAAAAUUAUGUUAGGAUUGUGUUGUUGGCAAAUUUAAAUGCAAAUAUAGUUGGCUAUAUUCAUAGUUGGCAAAGUGCAACUCACCAGCAUAUAGCAUCUGUAAACGACUUUAGCUCACCAGGACUGUUUCGACCUCUCAUAAUUGGUAGUUUAUUAUUUUUAAUUUAUCAGUUCACUUUAAUUGGAUACGUUAGUUAUAUGUCUGAGUUAUUUGUGCAUUUCAAACAGUUAUAUAUUAUUAUGUUUUGCUUUUUACUACAAUUAGUACUUUCAUUAGUGGGAUGCUUUUUAGUUGUGCGAUUUUAUAGAAGACAUCUCCUUUUUUUUGGGAGUACAAUAUUAUUAUUUUGUAGCGUUGGGUUAGAAGUAUUAUACUACUUGAUGAGAAAAAAUGCUGGCAAAAUAAGGUUAGCUUAUCUUAUCAUAUAUGCUAUAAUAUUUAUAACUACAUGGGGAUCAUUACCAUGGAUUAUAGUUUCAGAGAUAUUUCCACCCCGUGCUCGCGGACUUCAUGGUGGUAUUGUUAGAUCAUUUAUUUGGUUGGUAUUUAUUCCAAUGAAAAUAUUUUUUCAGUGGCUGGUUGGUAUAAAUGGAUCUCUUUGGUUUACUGGUAGUUUAUCUUUUCUUAGUAUCUUGUUUGUUUAUUUUAUUGUACCGGAAACGAAAAAGCUUACUUUAGAAGAAAUCGAACAAUAA